AUGGUACCAACUGGGUUCAGGUUCAAUCCAACUGAUGAAGAGGUCAUCCAAAUAUUAGAAACAAAAGCUUCUGGUCACCAAAUGCCUCUUCAUUUCAAUUUCAUUGUUGAGAGAAAUGUUUAUGAGCAUGAACCUCAACUUCUUCAAUGGGAACACAGCUUGGUUGUGGGUGAAAACGAGAAAUAUUGUUUCUGCACUAAAAAGAAUGAGUCUCGAGGAGUGGGAGGUCGAGGAUGGUGGAAAGCGACAAGCCAUGUUAAGAAAAUUUAUGAUAAAAAUAUGAAUUUGAAGGGUUACAAGAGGCCUCUAACAUUUUUCAGGUUUAUUGAUAAUGAAAGAAGGCGUGACAAAGCUGUGAAAACCAAUUGGAUCAUGCAUGAGUAUAAUCUCCACUCCUACACAACGGAAUGGAGACUUUGUAAGAUCAAAUACAAAGGAAAACCAAGUGUGCAAGAGGAGUUGGAGAAUAUCAGAAAUGUAUACAUUGGGAAUGAAUUUGAAGGUGGUCAUGGGAGUAGUAGUUCAACAAUGAAUUCGCAGCCAAAUUCUGUUAGUGAUCAUCAACCAAAUUCUGUUGGUGAUCAUCAACAGCAGCAGCCACAAGCCAGCUUCCAUGAGCAACUAGACAAGGUUUAUGAACUAAUUUUGAGUGAAAAUUUUUACUCCAAUCCUCAACAUUUGGAGAACCAAGAUGGUGAUGUUUCAGAUGAAUUCAUAUUUACUAGUCUUUGGAGUUGGCGAACUUAA